AUGGAGAAUUUAAAUAUCAGAUGGGCAUUUAAUGCCAAAACGUGGAAACCAACCUUAGAUCAGAUAGUAGCUGCAUCAAGCUACAUACAGACUGAGGAAAAAUUGAGAAUCGCAAGAUAUGUCUUUCAAGAUGAUGCAAAAUCUUCAUUGAUUGGACGACUUCUAUUAAGAAAGUUUGCUCAUAUUUCAAACCUAAUAAAAUAUGAGGAUGUUCAUUUUGGUCGUGAUGGACAUGGAAAGCCAUAUUUAAUAGGUAUUGGUGAUAAAUUUGUCAACUUUAAUGUAUCUCAUCAAGGAGACUAUGUAGUACUUGCCGGUAAUACCAAAAAAAACCUUGGUAUUGAUGUAAUGAAAAUAGAGCCACCGGCUAAUAAAAAUAUACAAGAGUUCUUCAGGAUCAUGAAUAGACAAUUUUCCUCAUUUGAAUGGGCAAAAAUAAGAAGUUAUUCCAGUGAAUUAGAGCAAGUUGCAAGUUUUUAUAGAAUGUGGUGUUUAAAAGAAAGCUAUGUUAAGAAUAUUGGUUUGGGAGUUACAAUUCCUUUAGUAGACAUAAGUUUUUGUGUUAAAUCAGAAUUGAAAGUUGGUGAGCUAGUGACAGACACUAAAUUGUAUGUUAAGAAUGUACUUAAAGAAGAUUGGAUGUUUGAAGAGACCUUAUUGGAUGACAAACAUGCUGUUGCUGUGGCAAUACAAGUGGAUAGCGAUGAGAAGAUUACUCCAGUGGAAUAUGCAUUUUUAACAUUUGACGAUGUAGUAAAAGAAGCAAAGCCAUUAAAUGAGCGUGAUAUGGCUUUUGCAGAAAACUUUCUCAUGAAAGAAAAAAAGAAUUUC